CAAAAACUCUCCCCCCACUCUCUCACACGCCAACCUUGCACAUGCUUUUGUCACACUAUUUCUACCCACCAAAACAACACAAUAACACCAGCAAUACAACCUAAAACAAAAAGCUCCACUCAACAUCUCAUUUUUCUGUUUUCACCUUUUUUUCCCUCACAAACUUAUCCUCCACUCUACCCCACUCACAUUCUCUAUAAAAGCUCUUUCUCACCCUCACAAACGUCACACACGCAUUUUGGGAAGCAAGAUACAAAUAUGAAGCUAACAAAUUCCUUAAGAAAUUCUCUCGAUAAAGCUUUAUUUUCUUUAUCUCUUUUCUUUCAUCAAUCACUGAAGUUCUCCUCCGCAUCUUCUUCUUCAUCUCUGCAUCAAGAAAAGUGUGCAUAUUUAUGGAUGGAGGGAGAAAUGAUAAUGCUAUUGCUAACGCUCUGGAAGCCAUGGCUCAAGCACUACAAAACUAGCAUGGUCAGCAGAACUAGAAUGGAGAAAAUGAUGAUGAAGCUCGUUCACGGGGGGAGUUUUAGAGGAACAACCCUCCAAUAUACAAAGGCAAACACGAUGCAUAUGGUGCGCAAGCAUGGCUUAAGGGAAUUGAAAAUAUUUUCCGGGUAA